GAAUACAUUCCCAACUUUUAUGGAACAUUUCCAAUAAUAAGGACUAUACUUCUUUGAGAAAAGAUAUCACUUGUGCAUGGUCAUCAAGCCUUUUCUACUCUAUGCCACGAGACUUUGAUGCACUCACGUACCAUGGGAUACAAGGUUGUAUUUACUGAUCAUUCAUUGUAUGGUUUUGCUGAUGUGGGAAGCAUCCACAUGAACAAGUUUCUGCAGUUUACUUUAGCAGAUGUAACCCGGGCCAUUUGUGUUUAUUAUACAAGCAAGGAAAAUACAGUGCUACGGUCGGGUUUGCUGCCAGAAAAGGUUUUUGUAAUACCUAAUGCUGUGGACACAGCUAUGUUCAAGCCUGCUCAAGUGCGCCUUGGCCGUGAUGAAAUUGUUGUUGUUGUGAUAAGUAGGUUGGUUUAUCGGAAGGGUGCAGAUUUACUUGUGGAAGUCAUUCCAGAAGUUUGCCGUUUGUAUCCCAAUGUUCGUUUCAUUGUUGGUGGAGAUGGACCUAAACGAGUGCGGUUGGAAGAGAUGAGAGAAAAACAUUCUCUUCAAGAUCGAGUAGAGAUGUUGGGGGCUGUACCACAUGCUUCUGUAAGAUCUGUGCUGAUUUCUGGCCACAUAUUCUUAAACAGUUCUUUAACUGAAGCUUUCUGCAUAGCCAUAUUGGAGGCUGCAAGUUGUGGACUGUUUACUGUCAGUACACGAGUAGGAGGUGUUCCGGAGGUUUUACCAGAUGACAUGAUAGUACUUGCUGAACCAGAUCCAAGUGACAUGGUACAUGCAAUUAGGAAGGCAAUAUCUAUCCUUCCUAAUAUUGAUCCGCAGGUUAUGCACGAUCAUAUGAAGAGACUCUAUAAUUGGAAUGACGUGGCCAAAAGGAUCGAGAUAGUAUACAAUCGUGCUUUGAAAAGUUCUGAUCAGAGUCUCCUAGAACGGCUUUCAAGUGAAAGUAUUUUGUAUGAUGUUGAGUUUAUAAACAUGGAAACUUUCUUAAACCUGUUUGAUGUGGAAGGCCGGGAGAAUAUAAAUUGA